UGGAAGGAAUAAUAAUUUUGUCGGUGAAAUCAAACCCUUUUCAAUGUAAAAGGAAAACAUAGAAUAGAAAAGAGAAAAAACUGGCGCAUAUCCUGGCACAAUGUCACAAUACAUAGGCACAUAGCCCAAGGUCCACUCAUUAUCAUUCUCACUACCCACCUUCCAUUUUCUCCCAACAUUCCCAAAUACCAAAAAAAAAAAAAAGAUAGACCCAAAUGGAUUCAUCAGAUGAUGAUACUGAAGAAUACCUUUUCAAGAUUGUUAUAAUAGGGGAUUCAGCAGUUGGGAAAUCAAAUUUGUUGUCAAGAUAUGCAAGAGAUGAGUUCAAUUUGCAUUCUAAAGCUACUAUUGGAGUUGAAUUUCAGACCCAAGUUCUUGAAAUUAAUGGUAAAGAAGUUAAAGCUCAGAUUUGGGACACGGCUGGUCAAGAAAGGUUUAGAGCUGUUACAUCUGCUUAUUAUCGUGGUGCUUUUGGUGCACUCCUUGUGUAUGAUAUAAGUCGAAGGAGUACUUUUGAAAGUGUUACUAGGUGGCUUGAUGAGCUCAAUACUCAUUGUGAUACAACAGUCGCGAAGAUGCUGAUAGGAAACAAAUGUGAUUUGGACAACAUUAGGGACGUUAGUAUUGAAGAAGGCGCGAAGCUUGCAGAAGCAGAAGGAUUGUUCUUCAUGGAGACAUCCGCGUUAGAUUCUACAAACGUUAAUAAGGCUUUCGAGAUUGUUAUCCGUGAAAUCUAUAGCAAUGUCAGCCGAAAGGUCUUGAAUUCGGAUUCCUACAAGGCGGAGUUAUCUAUUAACAGGGUAAACCUCGUAAAAGAGGGCGGAGAAGGAUCGAAACGAUCUUGGAGCAAUUGUUGUUCAAGAUGAACCAUGGGCAACUGAUUAUACAUUUUGUUAUUGUUGGCUCAAGAUUAAGAGAUUUUUCAGUAUUUAUUCAAUUCACUAACACAGUGAAUUGCAUAAAUGUCUCUUAACUUUGGUUAAGCAUAUGUAUUCUCACUUUUAAGUUUUACUAUUUUUAAAUGAUAAAUUGUUUGAUUCGACGUAAACACUAGGUAUAAGGAAAUAUUUUUUAUGGGGGCGCCUAUUUAAUGCUAGCGGACUAGUAUUUUAAGUACUCUACAAAGUUUAUAACAUGUCUGAAUUAUGCAUUUA